CACAAAAAAAUUCUUCUUCUGGUUGAUAGGGUUUUAAAAGAGCCUUCUAAGAAAAUUCUUCCUCAAAUCUUUCCGCUCCUCUCACAUAAACUCUCUAGUCAGGGGUUCGUUAGAUCCUGCUGUUUUAACUUCGUGGUUGAUAUAAUCCUUAAGGAUGUCUCGAGUUUAUGUUGGAAAUUUGGACCCUCGCGUUUCGGAGAGAGAACUUGAAGAUGAAUUUAGGGUUUACGGUGUUCUCCGGAGUGUCUGGGUUGCACGAAAACCACCUGGUUAUGCUUUUGUGGAGUUUGAUGAUCAUAGAGAUGCAAUGGAUGCUAUCCGUGGUUUGGAUGGGAAGAACAGUUGGCGUGUAGAGCUAUCUCACAAUUCAAAAGGGGGGAGUGGAGGUCGUGCUGGUGGUGAAAGAGGUGGUGGUGGACGUGGGGGGCGCGGUGGAGGCGAGGAUUUGAAAUGUUAUGAGUGUGGUGAGCCUGGUCACUUCGCUAGGGAAUGUCGCUUGCGUAUUGGAUCACGAGGUUUGGGGAGUGGACGACGCAGAAGUCCUAGUCCUCGUCGUCGCAGAAGCCCCAGCUAUGGGAGAAGGAGUUAUAGCCCCCAUGGAAGGAGAUCUCCACCUCCACGACGUCGUAGCAUCACACCUCGACGAGGCCGUAGCUUUAGCAGGUCUCCACCUCCAUAUCGCCAUGCACGUCGUGACUCACCUUAUUCAAAUGGAGAUCAACGGGAGCGGAGCAGGAGCUGAAGCCGGUUGCCUUAUAUAACUAGUGAUAAUUCAUAAUAAUAUUAUUGUUUGAAUCUGGUUAUUGGUACAAUGGAAGUGAUUGUGCAUCGUUAAGUGGCCUCUACAAAUUGUUUAGCAGCUUAGCAUGAAUGUACACUCCUCAGCUAAGUGGAUCUUGACGAGAGGUCAUCUUUUUUACUUUCUAUAUGCGUUAUUGUUAGUUUUAUACUUCUAGUAUACUCAAGGAGCCUGUGACAUUUUAGGUGUUUGAUGGUAAAUAAUUUCUGAAUCUUCUUACGAAAAUGUGUAUGUUUGUGUUUUGUCUUGAGGUGCGGUUCUGCUAAUUAAACGGCACCACCGUUGGAAUUUACUGCAUUGGGUUUUGCUUCUCUGCUACACUUCUACAUCACUACUGUUAAUGUUUUGCAUUGAGGUUCUACUCCAAAAGGGUUGUCCUCCACUUCAACAUCACUACUUCUGCAUCACUACUGUUUGUAUUGUGAGUUGAGGUGCUACUCCAAAAGGAUUGUCCUUCACCCUGCUUGACUACAUCUACUGCUUCACUACUGCAUCUACAACUGUUUGUGUUUUAGAUUUGGGGUGCGGAUCUGCUUGAUAAAGAGAAGUUUGGUUUCCGUAUAACAUGACCUUUGUAUAUAGGGAUGACUAUGGUUACAAAGGAUUAUUAGUUGUUAAACCCUAAGGUAAGUAGUUUCUUGAAGAGUUGACUGAGUUCUGUGAUCUUUUGGUAGGAUGAUUUUGACAAGAUGAGCAAAUUGUCCUCAAUAUAGUCUUGGAAAGGUUUUUGAUUGAUAAGUUAAUUUGCCUGCAUCUGUCGAUAAGGUGAUUGGCCACUUUGAAGUAUUUUCAAAUAUCUUAUUUCUUCUUUUGAAGAAUUUUCAAGUGGCAGAG